AAACACACCGCCCCCUGGGCGAAGCCAACCUGGGCCCAGCCGGCCGCUCAUUGGCUGCCGUCCCGCGAGCGGGGCCUAGAGCCGGGUGUAGUAUCCUGGGAGCUGCGGGCUACUGGGCCUGCGCUGCCGGGCUUUGGGUUCUGGGCCUCUGCCGCUCUGUGGCCCUAAGUGCUGAGCUGCCGGGAACGGCAGCUUCUGACGCUGGGCCAUUGGACGCUGCGGAACCAGGCUUCUUCACUUUGAGUUUCCGCCGCGAAGCGCCAGUCCGGGCCGAGGAGGGAGCCUUUACUACUUCUCCCUGGUUUCAUUCAUGUUCUGAGGAGGGUGUGAGAAGGAACCAUGGAUCCCACAGCCUUGGUGGAAGCCAUUGUGGAAGAAGUGGCCUGUCCCAUCUGUAUGACCUUCCUGAGGGAGCCCAUGAGCAUUGACUGUGGCCACAGCUUCUGCCACAGCUGUCUCUCUGGACUCUGGGAGAUCCCAGGAGAAUCCCAGAACUGGGGUUACACCUGUCCCCUCUGUCGAGCUCCUGUCCAGCCAAGGAACCUGCGGCCUAACUGGCAGCUGGCCAAUGUUGUAGAAAAAGUCCGUCUGCUAAGGCUACAUCCAGGAAUGGGGCUGAAGGGUGACCUGUGUGAGCGCCAUGGGGAAAAGCUGAAGAUGUUCUGCAAAGAGGAUGUCCUGAUAAUGUGUGAGGCCUGCAGCCAGUCCCCAGAGCAUGAGGCCCACAGUGUUGUGCCAAUGGAGGAUGUUGCCUGGGAGUACAAGUGGGAACUUCAUGAGGCCCUCGAACAUCUGAAGAAAGAGCAAGAAGAGGCCUGGAAGCUUGAAGUUGGUGAAAGGAAACGAACUGCCACCUGGAAGAUACAGGUGGAAACCCGAAAACAGAGUAUUGUAUGGGAGUUUGAAAAAUACCAGCGAUUACUAGAGAAAAAGCAGCCACCACAUCGGCAGCUGGGGGCAGAGGUAGCAGCAGCUCUGGCCAGCCUACAGCGGGAGGCAGCGGAGACCAUGCAGAAACUGGAGUUGAACCAUAGCGAGCUCAUCCAGCAGAGCCAGGUCCUGUGGAGGAUGAUUGCAGAGUUGAAAGAGAGGUCGCAGAGGCCUGUCCGCUGGAUGUUGCAGGAUAUUCAGGAAGUGUUAAACAGGAGCAAAUCUUGGAGCUUGCAGCAGCCAGAACCAGUCUCCCUGGAGUUGAAGACAGAUUGCCGUGUGCUGGGGCUAAGAGAGAUCCUGAAGACCUAUGCAGCUGAUGUGCGCUUGGAUCCGGAUACUGCUUACUCCCGUCUCAUCGUGUCUGAGGACAGAAAACGUGUGCACUAUGGAGACACCAACCAGAAACUGCCAGACAAUCCUGAGAGGUUUUACCGCUAUAAUAUCGUCCUGGGAAGCCAGUGCAUCUCCUCAGGCCGGCACUACUGGGAGGUGGAGGUGGGAGACAGGUCUGAGUGGGGCCUGGGAGUAUGUAAGCAAAAUGUAGACCGGAAGGAGGUGGUCUACUUAUCCCCCCACUAUGGAUUCUGGGUGAUAAGGCUGAGGAAGGGAAAUGAGUACCGAGCAGGCACCGAUGAGUACCCCCUCCUGUCCUUGCCGGUCCCUCCUCGCCGGGUGGGAAUCUUCGUGGAUUAUGAGGCCCAUGACAUUUCUUUCUACAAUGUGACUGACUAUGGCUCCCACAUCUUCACUUUCCCCCGCUAUCCCUUCCCUGGGCGCCUCCUGCCCUAUUUUAGUCCUUGCUACAGCAUUGGAACCAACAACACUGCUCCUCUGGCCAUCUGCUCCCUGGAUGGGGAGGAAUAAGAAAGCUACCACCCUAACCAGAGAGGCCUUGGAAUUGGGCCUGGCCCCCAUGGGGCUUGGAGGACGCAGCCACUGACAGGUGUCCCCUGAAACUGAGCUGAGCCCAGUAUCCAAGGAUUCCUCUCUCUGAUCCUUUGGUCUUUGCUACCAGGCUGAAGUCUGUCAUGAAACCACUUAUUUUAAAAAGCAGAGGCCCAGUCAAAUGAGCAUUGCAUCCCAUGAGGGAAGCAUGACAGGGCUGAUGGUGAGGAUCAGAGCAGUUCUAAGGUGACUCGUUGGGGUAAGGAUCAGGACUUUGUCCAUGUAGUAGCCAACCACCCUCUUCCCUGAUUCCUGUCCGGCGUCACAGUUCAGUCAGUGAGGAUGAUGAAGUAGAUACAAUCUUCAGGACACCGUUAGAUGGGCUUUCCCAACAGGCCAAAAAAAUGCUGCGCAUACCCAGAGCUGGUUGUUGUGCUGAGGCCAGUCAGAGGAUGCUUCCCCUGAGGUUUGCUAUAACUAAGCAACCUUUAUGUGACCCUCACCUUCUGACCUCCUGGCAAGAGAAAUUCAGUGCAGCAGGGGGACACAGACCUGCCCAAGCCACCCCACUGCCGUUCCCUCUCUGAGCACAAGCUGGGCAAAUGACUGUCCCUUGGACUCCAGGAGACCAGGGUCCUAGUCUUGCCUUUUUUCUCUAAGUGGCAGGAUCAGAAAACCUGUGAGCUUUAGUUUGUAUUUUCACUUUAUGAAUGAGGAAACUGAAAUGGCCUUAAGGGAGCAAGUUAUUUCUUUUUUUUUUGAGACAGAGUCUCGCUCUGUUGCCCAGGCUGGAGUGCAAUGGCACGAUCUCGGCUCACUGCAGGCUCUGCCUCCUGGGUUCACGCCAUUCUCCUGCCUCAGCUUCCCGAGCAGCUGGGACUACAGGCGCCCAUCACCACGCCUGGCUCAUUUUUUUGUAUUUUUAGUAGAGACGGGGUUUCACCAUGUUAGCUAGGAUGGUCUCGAUCUCCUGACCUCAUGAUCCGCCCUCCUCGGCCUCCCAAAGUGCUGGGAUUAGAGUCGUGAGCCACUGCGCCCGGCCCCUGGAGCAAGUUAUUUCUUACAAAGCUGCUGAAGAUAAGAUUAUCAAAAUUAUAAAGCAUUUUUCACACUCAAAUGAAACAAGGUUGACAAACUCACUUCGCAGGUCACAUGCCUAUACAUCAUUUAUUAUAUUUGGGUCUGAAACUUCUCACAUGUUUGGGAGGUUUUAUGUGUCCUCAUUGGGAAAAUGGGUGUAAUUCAGCAUAAAACCUCAUAUGAUUGUCCUGCCUCAUGGAGCUGUUGUAUAGAUCCCAGAUCCAUCCCAUGAUUUGUUCCUGUCUGAGGCAUAGAGGCAGGCAAGCCGUGGAUUUUGCACAUGGUGACCUUCCCACUGUGCCAUGAUACAGUCCGCAUCUUAUAGCAGUGCCUUUGUCUCAGGGCCUCUGCUGGCAGUCUAGACCUUUUGGGCAGAAAGGAGCUUCAAAUGGCUGUGAUAAGGAAUAUUAAAAAUUGUGUUUCUACUUUAAUUGUAUUGGCUGUUCAUGUCUGUAGGAGUUAAAAUAGGCCAAACUAGAGAAAUAAACGCAUUCUGUCCACCAUG